AUGGCCAGGCAAGAUAUCUCGGGGCCGGCAAAGUCCCCCAAGAAGCAGAUUCUGCUCAAUGCAUUUGACAUGUCAACCGUGGGCCAUCUCUCGGCUGGCCAUUGGAAGAACCCGGCCGACAGAUCGGCCACAAAACGCACACUGGCAUACUGGGUGGAAUUAGCGAAACUGCUAGAACGAGGCGGGAUCAGCGGGCUUUUUCUUGCGGACACCAAUGGAGGAUUCGAUACCUAUGGCGGAGGCGUGGAUGAGAGCAUCAGAAGGGCUGUUCAAUGGCCGGUGACCGACCCAGCUAUACCCAUUACAGCUAUGGCGACGGUAACCAAGAACCUUACGUUCGGCAUCACGGUGUCGACGUCGUUUGAAUCGCCGUUCGUUCUGGCGAAGCGAUUUUCCACCCUGGACCAUAUGACGGAUGGCCGCAUGGGCUGGAAUAUCGUCACUUCUUGGAAGAAGUCUGCGUUCAACGCCAUUGGCAUGGACCCGGUUGAGCAUCACCUGCGAUAUGCACAGGCUGAUGAGUACAUGAGGGUGCUGUACAAACUGUGGGAGGGCUCAUGGGCUGACGAUGCGCUGCAGCCUAAUGCCAACGCAGACACCUAUAUUGAUCCAUCUAAAGUGCGCCAUAUCAACCAUCAGGGGAAGUACUACCAACUCUCAACCCGCCAUAUCGUAGAUCCGUCCCCCCAGCGAACCCCGUUCCUGUUCCAGGCAGGCUCGUCAGCGGAGGGAAUCGACUUCGCAGCCACCCAUGCAGAGGGCAUCUUCGUCUCGGCAUCUUCACCUUCGCUACUGCGGACGCAGAUUGAACAGAACCGCCGAAUCGCCGCCGAAAAGGGGCGCGACCCUCGCUCCUUGAAGUUCUACCUCUCGUUCACGCCCAUCCUAGGUAGAUCAGACAAAGAAGCCCUUGCGAAGUUCCAGGAUCUCAAGAAACACGCCAGUCCCAUUGGCGGGCUGGUCCUGUUUAGCGGCUGGACUCGCAUCGAUAUGGCUCGAUUCGCUCUCGAUGAGGAUAUCAGCAAGAUCAACUCCGACGAGGCCAGGAAGCUGUGCAAUAUCUUCAAGCCCACAGACGAGACGCCGGUCUGGACACCGCGUCUUAUCGGCGAAAAGGCUGCCAUGAGCGCCAUCUCACCGUCCGCUAUCGGAUCGCCGGAAACGGUGGCUGAUAUUAUGGAGGACUGGGUAGAUACCGCUGAUUUGGACGGUUUCAACCUUGGAUAUGUCACGUCUCCGGGCUCGUUUGAAGAUGUCGUGGAUUUGCUUGUGCCUGAGCUUCGGAGGCGUGGUAUCUAUCCUGAAACCGUCGAGUCGGGGUUGACAACACGCGAGCGUAUCUAUGGAAAAGGCCAGACCCGUUUGAGGGCUGACCAUAUUGGGAGCAAGUACAAGUACGAAGUGUACCAGGAGGAUCCAGGUGUUGGGGAUGGCCGGGAUGAGUAG